GUCACCAACUCACCACUUGUUUGGCAACCACCUACCUUAUCGGCCACGUCCUUCGGCUGCUCACUGUCUCGGCAGUGGGGCGGAUCGAUUCGAUGUCGGGAAUUCUCCGCUGGAAGAAGCUUCGCGUCGUCGGGAUUCUGGCCGCUCUUAACGCCGCCGCCAAACCCCGCUUCUCCCCCGUCUACAAUAUCUGCCGCCCCAAUCUCCUCCGCCACGAUCGCUAUAAGUCGGAUGGAGGCGACGCCGACGAGUUCCACAUCCGCCGAAUCCGCGCUGAGGCACACUGUCCCCGAUGCUCCAAGCACAUGGGAAUUCUCUUUCCUAAUCUCCCCCCGGAUCUUAUAUCUAUCGACCGUAUCGAGGAAACCGGCAGAGGGCACCGCACCGUCAACCUCUGCCCUAACUGCAAGACUCCCUACUCCUUUCGCAUAGACGAGCUCAUCCCCCUCCAGGGAACUUUUGUGGAGAUCGGCCGUGUUCCGGGCCCAGACCCGGAGAAGGAGAGGAGUGAAGGCGUCGAGCACGAGAAUCGGGCCAAGAAACGGUUCUGGAAGGCUCUCGGGUCGUAUUACAGCGCAGGCUCUCCGGAGAAUGGAUUGGAGGGUUCGACAUUGCACCAAUCUCUCGGGCGGCGAUUAGCUCCGAAUAUGAACCUGCUGAGGGUAGAUGGGCUUAGUGAGGUUCGCGCAGGUGAUGGUUUUAGUGGCUGUGGAGGAUUCAGAGCGAUAGCGGGGUGGGGAGGGUCGAAUUUAGGGAGGAAUUUACCGACCCCUACGGAGAUUUGCAAAGGGCUUGAUAAGUAUGUGAUCGGUCAGCAGCGUGCUAAGAAGGUGCUUGCUGUGGGUGUAUACAACCACUACAAAAGAAUAUAUCAUGCAUCCUUGAAGAAAAGUUCUGGAGCCAAUUCAAGUAACAUUUUUGUACAAUCGGAUGCUCAUGAUGAACUACUGGAAUUGGAAAAAAGCAACAUACUCUUGCUGGGACCAACUGGAUCGGGGAAAACCUUACUUGCUAAAACAUUAGCUCGCUUCGUGAAUGUACCAUUUGUUAUUGCAGAUGCAACAUCUCUGACUCAGGCUGGCUAUGUUGGUGAGGAUGUUGAAUCCAUAUUGUACAAUUUGCUUAUGGCUGCUGACUUUGAUGUUCAAGCAGCUCAACAAGGAAUGGUUUACAUUGAUGAAGUUGACAAAAUCAGUAAAAAGGCUCAGAGCCUAAAUAUUAGUAGGGAUGUAUCUGGUGAAGGUGUUCAGCAGGCAUUGCUGAAAAUGCUUGAAGGAACUAUAGUCAACGUACCAGAAAAAGGAGCUCGGAGGCACCCUUGUGGAGAAAGUAUCCAGAUAGACACAAAAAAUAUUCUAUUUAUUUGUGGUGGUGCUUUCGUUGACUUGGAAAAGACUAUUUCUGAAAGACAGCAAGAUUCCUCUAUAGGUUUUGCAGCACCAGUUCGUGCAAAUAUGAGAAAUGGGCAGUUAACAGAUGCUGUUGUAAUAUCGUCUUUACUGGAAUCUGUUGAAAGCGGUGAUCUAAUAGCUUAUGGUCUUAUACCUGAAUUUGUGGGACGUUUCCCAAUAGUAGUUAGUUUGUCAGCCUUAAAAGAGGACCAGCUGGUUCAGGUUUUAAUGGAGCCGAAGAACUCUCUUGUUAGACAGUUUAAGCGAUUAUUUAGCUUGAACAAUGUUAAGCUACAUUUUACAGACGGUGCACUUUCUGCAAUCGCAAAGAAGACAAUGUCAAAAAAUACAGGUGCGCGAGGCUUGAGAACUAUUUUGGAGAGUAUUCUGAUUGAGGCUAUGUAUGAGAUUCCAGAUGUAAAAUCUGGAGAAGAGCAAAUAGAUGCAGUUGUGGUGGAUGAGGAUUCUAUCGGCUCUGUUGGCAGACGAGGUUCUGGAGCUAAAAUUCUGCGAGGAGAUGGGGCGUUCGAGCGCUACAUCGCUACUAGUGUUCAGCGAGAAUUGAGAGUAUGAAAGUGAUUUUAUUACUUCAACAGAAUAUCGGUUUAUCAGAUCAGUGUUCUCUGGCAACUAUUUCUCGGUCCAAGUGAUUACCACAAGCAUGAAUGUGUUGGCUUGGAGAAUAAGGGCCUCGUCUAUCUCUUCCCUAUCUCUAUGUAGCUCUUCCUCCAACAAGUGGUGGAUCGUGAUGGUUAGGUUCUUCUCAUGCCAUCCUACUCAUCGCAUUAUAGGUAAAUUCUCAUGUAGAGUUCUAAGGGUCUUCCAGAAUCUGUGGAGAUUCAGCUUUGUCCUUGAAAUUGUAUGAUCGUGUAAGUGAUGUGUGCAUCGGCUACAAGGAGCGAGGGCUGAAUAACUGUGAUUUAAAAUCAGAAGUUUUUACAGUCAAAUACAAACGUUUGCAUAAGAACGAUUUGACAUAGUAAAGCUCUCUGCUUAGCAAGACUUGGAGAUCUUGUUGGUAGUGGGAGAUGUGGGCAGUUACCAAAAAUGCCAUGUACCUCACUAAUGCUCCGUUAUAUAAUAUGUCCAAAGAUAGAAUUGGGGAGACGAUGAGCUUUUUCCUUUUCCUAAAGAGAGAACAUCUAACCUAUUGAGGAUUUGGUUUGUGGAUAUCGAGAAGAGCUGUUAGUUUGUAAUCGUUUUUUCGACAAGUAUAAACAAGGAUAGUAAGAAAUCAGAGAUAUUGUAAGUGUUUAAAUAUUCUAUUAAUUGCAAUCGAUCUUGCAAAAUUAACAA